AAUUAAUUAAUAAUAACUAAACCGCAAAAAUGACAAAACCAUAUGAAGUGCCGUUUCGUGUGACCGAAAACGACAGCAAUUUGAAUAAGAAUGGAGUGAAACGUAUGUCUAAACCAAUGAUGGAGAAGAGACGUCGGGCCAGAAUUAACCAGUGCUUAAUGCAACUCAAGGAAAUGGUCAUCGAUUCUGGCAAACAAAAUAUUCAGAACUCGAAAUCAAAGCUGGAAAAGGCAGACAUCCUUGAGUUGACUGUGAAAUAUGUGCAACAAUUACACCAAAACCGUUUGUCCGCGCCGUCGGCGACGGCCUCCGAGCGGAAGGAGAACUCGGAGGUGAGUCCGGCGCAGAUUCUCAACGACUUUGUGGCCGGUUUUGCCGAAUGCGCGAAACAAGUGGAGGAA